AUGGUGCACUGGGGAGUUGGGCCCUCACUAGUGCUGCCCAAGUACAAGGUGUCGGUGAAGCUGCCCAAGAAAAUCACCAUCCAGGAUGAGGAGCUGAAAGUGGCUUUCUGUGGUCUAUACACCUAUGGGACCCCUGUCCCCGGCCUCGUGAAUGUCCGUGUAUGCCGGAGAUUCUCCCAGUACAGGUCACGCUGCUAUGGAAGAGAGGCCGAGGCUGUGUGUGAGGAAUUCACCAGACAGGCGGACGUUCGAGGCUGUGUCUCCAAUGUGGUGAAGACUAAAAUAUUCCAGCUCAAGCGAAAGAGUUAUGAGAUGAAAAUUGAGGUUGAAGGCAAGAUCACGGAAGAGGGUACAGGAGUGGAGUUAACUGGGACAGGCUCCAGUGAGAUCACAGGCACCAUGAGCAAAAUCAGCUUUGAACAGGUGGACUCUCAUUACAUACCAGGGAUCCCCUUCUCUGGGCAGACUUUAAGCUGCGGUUCCAAUGAGAUGGUCCGGGUGCACUACAUCCUGAAGCCAGAGGCCAUGGGGGAGCAGAAGGAAAUCGUCUUUUACUAUGUGGUGGUGGCCAAAGGAGGCAUCGUGAGGGCAGGCACCAAGGUGCAUCCCAUAGGGGAUGGAGAACAUAUCCAGCUAUUUGAGCUGAGGCUCCCUGUGGGGCCUGAUAUCGCCCCCCUGGCCCGGGUACUCGUAUACACCACUUUACCCAGCGGGGACGUUAUCGCCAGUUCCGAAGAUUUCAAGAUUGAAAACUGCUUUGCCAAUAAGGUUGACUUGCAUUUCUCUCCGGACAAGGGUCUCCCCGCCUCCGACACUCACCUCCAGAUCGGAGCCUCCCCGGGCUCCCUGUGCGCCGUCCGUGCUGUGGACAAGAGCGUCCUCCUCAUGAAGCCUGAAUUCGAGCUCUCGCCCAGCUCUGUGUAUAAUUUGCUCCCAGUGAAGGAGAUCAGGGGUUAUAAUUACCGAGAGCACCAUUUGGAGGAAGAAGACAAUAACCCUUGUGUGAAACUCGACGUCAUUAUAAACGGAUUCAUCUAUGGACCCAUUUCUCCUGACGGUGAAGGGGACGCCUACAAUGUUCUCAAGGCGAUGGGUUUAAAAGUCUUCACCAGCACCAAGGUCCAGAAGCCCAGACUCUGCAUGGAGAGAAUGUCUGUCGGAAGUGCUGAUUUGGCCGUGACCAUCCCCGACACCAUCGCAGAAUGGAAAGCCAACGCGUUCUGCACUUCAAGUGACACUGGCUUUGGCCUGUCCCCAACCGUGUCCCUCAGAGCCUUCCAGCCCUUCUUCGUGGAGCUCACCCUGCCCUACUCUGUGGUGCGCGGCGAGGCCUUCACACUAAGGGCCACUGUCUUCAACUACCUGACCCACUGCAUCAGGGUCAGCAUCUCACUGGCUCCAUCUGAUGACUUCCGGGCUACCCCUGUGGAGAAGGAAGAAGAAUCUUAUUGUCUCUGUGUGAACGGACGGAAAACAGUGUCUUGGGCUGUGACCCCAAAAUCUCUGGGUAAUGUGGAUUUCUCAGUGAGCGCUGAGGCCCUGAAGACAGAUCUACCCUGCGGGAACGAGGUAGUGGAGACCCUGGACAAAGGGCGGAAGGACACGGUGAUCAAACAGCUGUUAGUGGAGCCUGAAGGGUUUGAGAAGGAAACGACCUACAACUUCCUGCUCUGGGCAGCUGGAAAGACAACGCCGCAGCCAAUGUCCCUGAAGCUCCCAGAAAAUGUGGUGCAGGGCUCGGCCAGAGCCUAUUUCUCAGUGCUGGGCGAUAUCCUGGGCACAGCCAUGCAGAACCUGCAGCAGCUCCCCCAGAUGCCCUUCGGCUGUUGGGAGCAGAACAUGGUCCUGUUUGCCCCCAACAUCUACAUCCUGGACUAUCUGAAUAAGACGGGGCAGCUGAGCGAGGAGACCAAAUCCAAGGCCAUCGGAUACUUAGUCAGCGGUUACCAGACACAGCUGAAGUACAAACACCGGGACGGCUCCUACAGCACUUUUGGGCCACGUUAUGGGCAAUCAGGGAACACCUGGCUGACGGCCUUCGUCCUCAAGUCCUUCGCGCAGGCCCGCUCUCACAUCUUCAUCGAGGAGAAGCACAUCCAGGAUGCCCUGGCCUGGCUCACUGGCAAGCAGAAGGAAAACGGCUGCUUCCGCAGCUCUGGGACGCUCCUGAACAAUGCCAUAAAGGGCGGGGUGGACGAUGAGGUCACGCUCUCUGCCUACAUCACCAUCGCGCUGCUGGAGAUUCCUCUGCCCAUCACUCACUCUGCGGUCCGUAAUGCUCUGUUCUGUCUGGAGACGGCCGCAGAGCAGGGAGGAAACCACGUGUACACCAGGGCGCUACUGGCCUACGCCUUUGCCCUGGCGGGGAAGGAGGAGAAACGCAAGGCAUUGCUGGACUCGCUUGACAAGGAAGCUGUGAAAGAGGAUGGCUCCAUUCACUGGCAGAGGCCUGGGAAGGAGCCGAAAGCUGAUCUCCCCUUCUAUCACCCCCGUGCUCCUUCCGCCGAGGUGGAGAUGACGUCCUACGUGCUCCUCACUUACCUCACCACUCAGCCGGCGCCAUCCCAAGAUGACCUGUCAUUAGCAGCUCAAAUUGCAAAGUGGAUCAGCAAGCAGCAGAAUCCCAAUGGGGGCUUCUCCUCCACCCAGGACACAGUGGUGGCGCUCCAGGCACUGUCCCGAUAUGGAGUCUCCACCUAUGCCAAGAGCGGAGGAGCAUCCACAGUGACCCUGCAAUCCACAGGGAACUUCCAGUCCCAGUUCCAGGUGGAUCACACGAACCGUCUGUUGCUCCAGCGUGUGGCACUGCCAGAGGUGCCAGGGGACUACAGCACGGGGGUGACAGGAGAAGGAUGUGUCUACGUGCAGACCAGCCUGAGGUACAAUGUGCUCCCCAAGCCGGGCGAGGCGCCAUUCGCGCUGGAGGUGCACACAGUCCCCAAGACAUGUGACAGCGCCAGGGCUCAAAGGACCUUUAACAUCGCCAUAAACAUCAGCUACACAGGGAAACGCCCCGUCUCCAACAUGGUCAUCGUUGACGUUAAGAUGCUGUCAGGAUUCGUACCUAUGAAGUCAUCAGUGAGAAUGCUGGAAGGACAUCACCACAUCCACCGCACAGAACUGAGCACCAACCACGUGCUGCUCUACAUGGAGCAGGUGAGCAAUGUGACUCGGAGCUUCUCCUUCGCGGUGGAGCAGGACUUCCCCGUGCAGAGCCUGAAGCCGGCACUGGUGAAAGUGUACGAUUACUACGAAAUGGAUGAAUUUGCCAUCGCUGAGUACAGCGCCCCCUGCAGCAAAGGGCACCCUGCUUCAUCCCCCACAUGGCGUCUGGUUGCCCUGACUUUCCUCACAUUGUGCUUGGCAUUGCUGCUAGGGCUGUUAGCCCUGGGAAUUGUGUUUUUUCAGGUUUCCAGUGACUUCCAGAAGCAGAUUGGAAACCUCAAGCGAAACCAGGAAAUUCUGCAAACAAGUUCCUCAAAAAGGCCACAAGACAUGAAAGACAAUUUGUGUCUGAAAGGGGAAGAAAAAAAUAAGAAUAAUGGACCAAAAUGUACACUCUGCCCUGCAAACUGGCAAUGGAUGGGAGGUGACACCUGCUUCUACAUGUCAAGAGAGAAAAGGCCCUGGAAGCAAAGUCGAGAAUUCUGUUCCUUACAGAAUUCCACCCUUCUCAUGCUACAGGACAAGGAGAAGCUGAACCAUGUACUGCCAAAGGGCUCCUAUACACAAUAUUACUGGAUUGAUUGGUGUACAUCUGAAAGGAACAGCUGGUAUUGGGAGGAUGGCUCAGCUCUUUUGACACAGAGAGCAGGUUGGAUUGACUUGUAUGCAUCCUAUAAUUGUGGCUACUUAUGUGGAAUUAAAAUUAGCCCUAUUAAUAACUACUGCACGGAGAAGCACUUCUGGAUCUGUGAGAAAGCAGCUGUUGAGCUAAGGUACAGUGACAUCACCAAAAGGCACAUUAGUGCUUUCAGUACGAGAUAA